UUGGGAGGGGUUUUUUUCUCAAAAACAUUCCCUACUCAGAGUUAUUGUGGCAGAGAGGAAACAGAGACAGAGAGGCAACAGAAUGACAAAGGAUCGCAAGGGGAAGAUGGGAUGUACACAGAAGGAUGUGAGAGUUGCAGAGUCUGAACAGACAGACAAGGCUGUAGACUGCGUUUCAGACAAAAGCCUCCAGGUUUGUCACUGCGGCUGGUCCAAAGUGACGACAUACCAGGGUCUGCGCACACAUCAGGGGAAGAUGGGAUGUACACGGAAGGAUGUGAGAGUUGCAGAGUCUGAACAGACUGACAAGGCUGCAUACUGCUUUCCAGGCGAACACCUCCGGGUUUGUCACUGCGGCUGGUCCAAAGUGACAACAUACCAGGGUCUGCGCACACAUCAGGGGAAGAUGGGAUGUACACGGAAGGAUGUGAGAGUUGCAGAGUCUGAACAGACUGACAAGGCUGCAUACUGCUUUCCAGGCGAACACCUCCGGGUUUGUCACUGCGGCUGGUCCAAAGUGACGACCUAUCAGGGCCUCAGGAUUCACCAGGGGAGGAUGGGAUGCACGCAGAGGGGGGUGAGAGGUGCAGGGUCUGAACAGCAGAACAUGUGGGGGAAUGUGGGACUUCCAAACAAACAACAGAACCUCUGGGUGGAUAUUUACACCUCUAUCAAGACUGACACAACAGACUGCUCUUCACAGACAAGCCUCCAGGUUUGUCAUUGUGGUUGGACCCAAGUGACGACUUAUCAGGGCUUGAGGACUCAUCAGGGGAAGAUGGGAUGCACGCAGAGGGGUGUGAGAGGUGCAGAGUCUAAACAGCAGAACAUGUGGGGGUCUGUGGGACUCUACACCUCUGUCAAGACCGAGACAACUGCAGGCUGCUCUUCAGACAAAAGCCUCCAGGUUUGUCACUGUGGUUGGAAAAAAGAGACGACUUAUCGGGGCUUGAGGAUUCACCAGGGGAAGAUGGGAUGCACUCCGAAAGGAAUGAGGAUCCCAGCGACAGAGCAGCAUGACUGGAAAAAUCCGUUGGAAGACGUCAAUCAAAAGAAACUUCAGCCAGCUCUGAAAGUGAUUAUCAAGAAGGAGGAUGUGCCGUCGCCACCGAGAAUCGACGUCUGUACCAAAUCUGCAUCACUAACGGCCCCAAUCAAGGAGGAAUAUGAAGCAUCUGCAAUUCCACAUCGUUCUGCAACGCUGAGUAGUCCACAGUCUGCAGUAGUUCGACCUAAGAAGAAAAAAAGGAAGGAUCAAACAUCACCACAGGUGAACGGAUCGAUCAGGGAGCGUCCAACAAUAUACCCGAUACCAGCAGUCCGAGCUAAGGAGAAAACCAAGAAUGAUCAAAUAUUAUUACAGGUAGCAGACAGAGGAGCAAUGACAGGAUAUGCAGCAAAAGCAGCCACGAUCAAAGAGGAGCCCCACACACCGUUUGCAAUUCAACAGCAGCCUUUCCAAACAGCCACAAACUCAAAGUCAGGCCAUGAGCUGCAUGAUUCCUCCUCCGGUGUGCAGGUGAAUAGAUCAGUCAGGGAGCGUCCAACUCUUCCACCCCGGCCAACAGUAGUCCCACCUAAGAAGAAAGAAGGGGAAGAUCAAACACCAUCACAGGUGAACAGAUCGAUCAGGGAGCGUCCAACGAUAUACCCGAUACCAGCAGUCCGAGCCAAGGAGAAAACCAAGAAUGAUCAAAUAUUAUCACAGGUGAAUAGAUCCGUUAGGGAGCGUCCAACUCUUCCACCCCGGCCAACAGUAGUCCCACCUAAGAAAGAAGGGAAAGAUCAAACACCAUCACAGGUGUGUGCCGCCAAGGCCAUACAAGAGAGACUGAAAUCUGAACUAGAGCUGAAAAUUCAGAUGAGAGAGGAAAAACUGCAGAAAAAAGCAGCAGAGAAAGUCUGCGAGAGUGUCCCAGAUUCAACAAGUGCCACCACCCAAACCAAUACUGCAGCAGCAGAUGCCAUAUCAGAGGAGGAUCCUAAAUCAUUGAAUGAAACUGCACAGGACUCUGAUUUCUCCACUGGCAUGAAGGUGAAGCAACUGGCCCUGAUGUUUUCAGCUACAACCAAGAAAACAGCAGCAGUCCAGCAACCAAAGGAGAAACCACAGGAGGAACAAAAACUACCACAGGCGAAGCCUUUGGUCCAGAGGUUUUUAGACGCUACAGCCCAGGAAACAGCAGUCCAGCAACCAAAGGAGAAACACGAGAAGGAACAAAAACUACCACAGCCUUUGGCGCAGAAGUUUUUAGCUGCCACAGCCCAAGAAACAGCAGUCCAACCAAAGAAGCAAGACAAAGAGGAUCAAAAACUAUCACCGAUGCCAGACUCAACAAGUGCCACCACCAAAAUGAAUCCUGCAGUGACAGAGGACGCAACAAAGGAGGACCCCAAAGCAUUGUCUGAAACUGCACAGCUCUCUGAUUGCUCCACUGGACUGAAGGUGAAGCAGCUGGCUUGGAUGUUUUCUGCUACAAACCAGGAAACAGCAGCCCAACUGAAGGAAAAACACCAGGAGGAACAUAAACCAGCACAGGUGAAGCCAUUAGGCCAAAAGCUUUUGAAGCCUUUGGCGCAGAAGUUUUUAGCUGCCACAGCCCAGGAAACAGCAGUCCAACCAAAGAAGCAAGACAGAGAGGAUCAAAAACUAUCACUGAUGCCAGACUCAGCAAGUGCCACCACCAAAAUGAAUCCUGCAGCGGCAGAAGCCACGAGAAAGGAUGACCCCAAAGCAUCAUGUGAAACUGCACAGCUCUGCGAUUUCUCCACUGGACUGAAGGUGAAACAGCUGGCCUGGAUGUUUUCAGAUACAACCCACAAAACAGCAGUCCGACCAAAGGAGAAACACAAUGAGGAACGAAAACCAGCACAGAUGAGAGAAGAAAAAAUGAGUAACAUCAGAGCAGCGGAGAGAGCCUGCGAGAGUGUCCCAGAUUCAACAAGUGCCACCACCCAAACCGAUACUGCAGCAGCAGAUGCCGUAACAGAGGAGGAUCCUAAAUCAUUGAGUGAAACUGCACAGGUCUCUGAUUUCUCCACUGGCAUGAAGGUGAAGCAACUGGCCCUGAUGUUUUCAGCUACAACCAAGAAAACAGCAGCAGUCCAGCAACCAAAGGAGAAACACCAGGAGGAACAAAAACUACCACAGGCGAAGCCUUUGGCGCAGAAGUUUUUAGCUGCCACAGCCCAGGAAACAGCAGUCCAGCAACCAAAGGAGAAACACGAGGAGGAACAAAAACUACCACAGCCUUUGGCGCAGAAGUUUUUAGCUGCCACAGCCCAAGAAACAGCAGUCCAACCAAAGAAGCAAGACAGAGAGGAUCAAAAACUAUCACCGAUGCCAGACUCAACAAGUGCCACCACCAAAAUGAAUCCUGCAGCGGCAGAAGCUGCGAGAACGGAGGACCCCAAAUCAUCAUGUGAAACUGCACAGCUCUGCGAUUUCUCCACUGAACUGAAGGUUCCAGAUACAACAAGUGCCACCACCAAAAUGAAUCCUGCAGUGACAGAGGACGCAACAAAGGAGGACCCCAAAGCAUUGUCUGAAACUGCACAGCUCUCUGAUUGCUCCACUGGACUGAAGGUGAAGCAGCUGGCUUGGAUGUUUUCCGCUACAAACCAGGAAACAGCAGCCCAACUGAAGGAAAAACACCAGGAGGAACGUAAACCAGCACAGGUGAAGCCAUUAGGCCAAAAGCUUUCAGCUGCCACAGCCCAGGAAACAGCAAAGGGGAAAGAGAGGGACGAUCAAAAACUAUCACAGGUAAGGCAAGACAGAAUCCCAGAUGACGUAAAGCACAUGGUUGAGAUGAGAGAACGAAAUGGGGAUGAAGACAGAUCAUCUGUAAAAGCCUGUAAACCUUUACAGGAGAGCUUGGAUUGCAGACCGGUGGAGACCAACAGUGAGCUCUCAAAGGUGAUGGAGGAUGCUUGCCAGAAGUCUCUAGACCUUAAAAUCUCCAAUGAAACUCUGAGAAAUACAAAAUUGAUCAAGGUGGGGCAAAUUCACCAGAAACUGGAAAAGCCAUAUUCUAAUGAUCUUGAAUGGAUUACCAAGUUUGCAGUGGAUAUAAAGCUGGAUCCUACCACCGCACACCGAUGCCUUAUUUCUGCUGAUGGGAAGGAAGUAAGAGACGAACAAGAGACAGACGUGGCUGAUGCUCCAGAGAGGUUUGAUCUGUGCGGCAGCGUCCUGGGGCUCAACAAGUUUACCUCUUGGAAAUCAUACUGGGAAGUGGAGGUCAGCAACAAGACCGGGUGGGAUCUAGGUGUAGCGAGAGGCGACGCAAACCGCAAGGGGAAACUAUUGCUGAGGCCUGAUGACGGUUACUGGGCUAUUGUACAUUUUAAAAACAAAGAGUACGCAGCCCUGACAGCUCCACCUGUUCCCCUUUUGUUUAAAGAAAAUCUACAGAAGGUGGGAGUGUUUGUGGACUACGAGGGAGGUCUUGUGUCUUUCUACAACGUGACGGCUAAAUCUCACAUCUACUCCUUUACUCUGUGUUCGUUCACCGGAGAAAUCUGCCCAUAUUUCAGUUUGCAUCUUGGUGAAAGUGCUGAUCCUCUUAUCAUCUCAACUGUGAAACACCAAUAAUUAUAUGCAGCAUGUUAUUACAAGGGUGUGUAUGCAACAUACUCUUACAGCCAUUUUACUCUGGUUUUUACAGAUUUUAUAGAAAUGGCAAGGUUUUGAAAAUGGUGCUUUUUUGGUAACAUUACAAGGAAUAUGUGUUUUCAUCAUUGGUGCAGUUACUUACAAUAAGUGUUUUAUUGUUAAUGUUAGCAUUUCCGUUAAAGCUAUGUUUUGUUAAAGGGGGCAUAUCUUGCUUUUUGUGAUUUUCUGUUAUUUUUUUACUGUUACAAUGUCGGAUGUCUAUGUUAAACAUAGUCAAAGGUCAAAAAAAUUGGGUUGAACCUAUGUUAAAUGCUCGCUGCAAGUCAAAAGUCAGGGCUUCAUUCUGCACGCUUGGUUUACAAUGUUACCUCUACUUUCUCCUCUUGAUGAUGUCAGGUUGUUCGCGCAUGCCCAGAAAUGGCCAACCGUUUCGUAACCUUUGUUGCUAAGGUGGUUCCAAGUGUUGUUUGCGUUGUUCACUUGCAUUUUUUGGGUCGGAUUCGGACCCAGCAUUUAUGGAUGUAUUUGAGCAGUUUACAUUUAGAGUAAAGAACAAGAAAAAGAAGUGAAAUCCUGCUUCUACCGUUUGCUUACAUAGCCUCCCAAGCCGCUGGAAGUCGGCCGGUAUAAGAUAAAUAAGGAGUUUUUUAAACUGUAAAACAUUCAAAGAUAUUCAAGUAAAGCCUCAGAAUAUAAAUGUAGAGCUGGAACACUGGAUCCUAUUUUCUAUAAUGCAACUGAAUAGUGUCUUAUGUAAGGCCCUACCUGCUUGGUAAACACCAACUUCUUCCAAAUAAAAUAUUCAGGGUUUUUUUUUAGACCUCGUAAAGCUCCUUCUUGAGUCAACAUAGAAAGUAUUAUGUCAAUAUAUGUUAUAAAAGAGUUUUUUCAGGUUGAGUUGUACUUGUUAUUAAGAGUUAACUGAACAUAAUGUGUAAAAUCACUAGAGUGCACCUUUAAUUGUUAUAAUAUAAUAUAUAUAUAUAUAAUGUAAAAGAAUUCCCUUGUUGAGUUCACAUGUCCUGCAAUUAGAUAAAGAAAAUUUGUAAUAUUUUUCUACAAGUAUGCAUUUCCUUUAUAUUAAGCAUUGUGUAUUUUUGUUUUUGGUGUCUUCUUUUUGAAUCCCUGUAAGCUACCAAAUCUACUCUUAGCUACUCUUCUUAGAGUUCAAAGGAGAGUAACUAAAAGUUUCUCCUAAUUACAGCAGACAAAAACACUUUUUAAAAACUAAUGUCAGGACAAUCUUUAAAACCUACAUUAUAUAUUAUUUUCAAAAGUGUCAAAGUGUUUUUAUUAAAUGUUUUGAUGUCCAUUUCAUGUAUGGAUGGGUAGACAAUGAUAAAAAAAAAUUGAUGAGGACACCAGAGGACAGUUAGUGAAAUCCUCAUUCUGUCACUUUCUGUUCAUAUAACCUGUUAUUUCUAGUUACAUCCUUGUAUAAAACCACAUGUACACCAUCACUGUGACCUCUGACCCCUGCCCUGUCUUCCCUUGGUUUUGUCACAUGAUGGUAAAGUGGGAAUUUAUAUCAUUUACUUAUUUUUGUAAGCUAUUAGUUAGGACAUUUGACAUAGUCUAUAAAAUCACAUGCAAGGGUGUAAUACAAACUGUUACAUAACAACUUUUUAUACUUCAACGCACAGGGGAAUGAAAAUCCCAAUAAAGAGUUUCUUUUUCUUUUUCUGACACUA